AUGUUUUUCGUUGAAAUUCCGUCCGAGUAUCUAGGAGAUUCGGAAACGUGUCUUUUACAUGAACAGUAUUUGUCUCUCAUUGACAGAUUUAAGACAGUUCAUAAAGAAAGAGAGAUAGUUAAAAAAAAUGUUGAAAAUGCUGUUGAGCUUGCAACGGAUCUACAAGCAAUGACAAAAGAAAAAGAAGCAGUGACAGCGCGUAUCGCUAAACUUAAAUUAAAAGCUGAACCCGCGCUGCAUUUACUAGACGCCUGUAAAUUGUUACGAACGGAAAAAGACAAAGAACGCAAUCUAAUAUCGCAGAAGGAGCAAGAGGAAGACACUAUUUCUGAUUUACAAAAUUCCCUUCAACAAGUCGAACGUGAACUAUACACUAUAAAACGCAACAGUACCGGACUCACACCACAAAUAUUAAUUCAACAUCUGACCGGGGAAAUAACAGUACAAUCUGCAAUUGUAAAAGAGAAGCUUCCAUCUGAACUAAACGCAAAGAAGAAUCGGAUGCGAGCAUUAUCAUUAAUUAAGGAAUAUUCAUGUUUAGGAGCGGAUAAAAUUAUGACUAUGAGAAACAAUUUAGAUGUGAUAUCGAAGGCUAUACAAGAUUUAGUAGAAUCGAAAAUAACUGAAAAUGAUAUCGACAAAGUGGGACCGUUCAGACAACAAGCUGCUGCUGUCGGAAAUAUGAAACGGAAUGCUCUUGAACGUUUAGGAAAAACAGAAAGUUACUUAGAGGAAUUACAAUCACGAUUAAAAGAGAAACAGGAUUAUUCAAAGACUUUAUUGGAGACGUCAAUACCUAGAGCAGAAGAAUUAAAAAAAUAUAUCAAUCGUUUAAAGACUAAGAGUACAUUAUAUAAACGUUGCAAAGCGGAGAGAGCUGGGUUAAAAGCUGAAAGUGGCGUACUUCAACGAACAGUAACUAUUCUUGACGAACAGAUAAUUCAUUCUUAUUCAGUGAAUAUCACACCUAAAGUAAUAAUUCCAGAAAAUUAUACACUAAAUAACGCAUUAGCGACAAGUACUCAGUUGUCUCAUUCGAUAUUGACUCUGCGAACCAAUCUUGCCCCGGUCAUAAAAGGUAAUAUAACAAGGUUCUAUUUAUACAAAUAA